AUGCGCUCCCCAAUAUCACCUAUUCAAUUCUUCUGCGCCAACUGCGACACUGUCAUUCCAGCGUCCACCGCCUCUUCGAGCCUGCCCAUCCGUCCUAGCACGACGCAGUCACAAGUUAAUGACCAGUCAUCCAUCAGUAGUGCGUCAAGUGGCCAUUUGUCUCGAUCCUCCACACCGCCCACGGAGGUUUCGAGUACUCUUAGCUCUCCUACGUUUGCACCACCAAUUGAUACGGAAGAGAUCUUGCGGCGGAGACAGCAAUCUGACACUGCUUCUGCCGAGAUUGGGAAGCGUAUGCUGAGAGGCUGGGCUAUGCUUGCGGAUGAAUGCCCCAACAAUAGCUGCUACGGCAUUCCACUUAUUCGACCACCCAAAGCGGGCGGCGAGAAAAACCCACGCAAGGAAUGCGUGAUCUGCGGCACCGUGUAUGUUGACGAACAAGACCACUUUGGAGGGACUCGUCUGAUUCCCCUCAGUCCUCCUACCCAUUCCUAUGAAGCCGGAAGCAGCCAAACUGCACCCACUCCUUCUGAUAUCUCUGCGUCAUCGUCAUAUGCUGGUCGUCCUGCGGAUUCCAAGGGAAAAGCGGUGGCGACUUCCCAUAUUGAAAGGGCUCAGUCGUCGUUUUCUGCCUAUCCUGCCGGCUCUUCUGCCCUCGACUCAUCCGCGCAGUCCCUAGAACUCAGCCUACACGCCUUGUCAGAACGUCUCAAGGUCCUUGUCAGCGGUGCAAUCAUAGAUCCCUCGCUCAUCGCGCAGACUGCGGACGCCAUUACCAAGGUCUCUCAGGCACUCGCUCAAGUGAGACAUCUGCAGCGGAACGAGGUACUCUUCACAGGCAAUACAGGCGAGAGCAACAGCACAGACUCGAAUUGCGGUUCAUACGCUCCCACCGGUGCAUCAGUAGGAAUUUGUUCGAAUCUAGAUCACAGCCGGCUGGAUGCAGACGUGCCCCGUCGAAGCACAGCGUAUGCCCAUGCCAUGUUCUUUCAAUUCAAACCUAUAUCGGCGUUAUGUGAUCGUGUUGCACGAAAACCUCAUGUCCUCCACGACGUGUGCUAUAUGGAUUACUCCACCCAUGAGCUGCGCGCGACCGCUCCUCGAGGGAGAAUACGCGGGACGAGUAUGCUUACUAUGGGGGUAACCCCGACUAUGCUCGGCAAGACUAUGCAUAUGACGAGCGCGGGUAUCCGAGUGAACCCGUCCGGGCUCCAUCUGCCUGGCGCAGAGCCUUUUCGAAGAAACCCAAGACCAGUGGAAGGGUACGCCUGGUUCAGUCCAUCGACUAUUCCGGACUAUUACGGCGAAGGGGAGGUCACUACCGCGGCAUUCACACUCACACCUGCUUCCGCGCACAUCAUUCAGGGCUUUCACCGAAGCAGAUCGCACCGACCGAGCGACGUGUAUCCGGAGGUUCGGGCCGGAAUGCCGUACGCGCCAUCAGAUGAGACCGGGUCGUACGUGAACAUUCCUUCGCGCAACCACAGCCCGGUGCCCAUCGUCCAACGCGAGAGCUCGCUCACUCGCCUGCAAGAAGCGUUUGCGGACCACGGAACAUACUCGCCUGCUACGCUAGAACCGACAACACCCAUGGCAUCAAGGUACAGCCCGCAUCACGCACCAAUGUCGAUGUCGAUGCCGAUGUCGAUGCCAAUGCCGAUGUCAACGCCCAUGCCCAUACCGACCCCACAAGUGGUCGAUUUGGGCGCUGCGCAUGAUAUGCAUCAGACCGAAUAUGUCGACGGCCUUCCUCGGGAUGGCAUCUAUCCCGAAGUGAGGCAUACGUCGAGACGACACCUGCAGUGGAUGCAUGGCCGGCCGGAGGACGGGUAUCCACCUGUGACAGUAGUGGUACAACGAGGUGAAUAUGGCGAAAAAGACACGUACUACAUUAUACCUGGCGGUGCUCCAGUGAUAUUCGAGGAUGAUGAUGGCAACGAGAUCACACGUGUCGGCGAUUUCAGCGGAAAUUAUAGGCCUCGCCCGCAGCGUCCUGUGAUCGUCCAGGAUGAGUAUGGUCGUGAGCUCUGUCGAGCUGGAUUCGACGAAUACCAUGGGUGGAACCGCUCGGAUGACGGCUACUACGGAUCGGGGCAUGGGUCGUACCGUCGCCGACCUUCCGGGCAUGAAUAUGACAGGGACUACAGCUCGUCUCACCGAACUUAUAAUAUACGUGACUAUGACGAAUACGACGACAGAGGCUACCGGAGACCGUCGUAUGAUCGCCAGGGCGAGGCGGCGCCUAACGUAGUUUUCGUCGACCCCAGCGAAGACGUACUAGGUCGGGAAGCUCGUCGCACAGAUCACGGUCUCGCCGUCGCGAUGACUACGUCGAUCUUGGAUCGCAGCAUUACGGGUCUCCCAGUUUCAUCGAAAUCGACCCGCACCGCACCAGACGCCACGCGUCAGGGUAGGUACAUUGCAAUUUAA